CCAGGCGCCGUCCCCCUGCGCCGCUCCGCCCGGUGGCCGGCUGAGGCUGCAGCCCCGGGCUCAGCGGCUCCGGCUCCUUCCGCGGCGAGCCGUGUGCCGCCGCAGCCAUGUCCCGAAAGCAAGCGGCGAAGAGCCGGCCGAGCAGCGGCAGCCGCAGAGCCGAGGCGGAGCGCAAGCGGGACGAGCGGGCGGCGCGCCGGGCGCUGGCCAAGGAGCGGCGGAACCGGCCCGAGCCUGGCGGCAGCGGCUGCGAAGAAGAGUUUGUGAGCUUCGCCAACCAGCUGCAGGCCCUGGGGCUGAAGCUGCGGGAGGUGCCGGGGGACGGCAAUUGCCUGUUCAGAGCUCUGGGCGACCAGUUGGAAGGCCAUUCCAGGAACCAUCUUAAGCAUCGACAGGAGACUGUAGACUACAUGAUAAGGCAGCGUGAAGAUUUUGAGCCCUUCGUGGAAGACGACGUUCCCUUCGAGAAGCAUGUGGCCAGUUUGGCAAAGCCUGGUACUUUUGCUGGCAAUGAUGCAAUUGUAGCCUUUGCAAGAAACCAUCAGUUGAAUGUGGUGAUCCACCAGCUUAACGCCCCUUUGUGGCAGAUUCGAGGCACAGACAAAAGCAGUGCAAGGGAGCUCCACAUCGCGUACCGGUACGGUGAACACUAUGACAGCGUCCGGAGGAUCAAUGACAACUCAGAAGCGCCGGCUCAUCUCCUAACUGACUUCCAGAUGCUUCAUCAAGAUGGAACAAAUAUAAAAGAGAAGAUGAAGACAGAAGGGGUAGACAUUGAAGAUGGCCUGAGGGAUGCUGUCCAGAAAGUCAGCAGUGCUACUGGAUGCACGGAUUUUAAUUUAAUAAUCCGGAAUCUGGAAGCUGAAAAUUACAACAUUGAAUCUGCAAUAAUCGCCAUGCUUCAGAUGAACCAGGGGACAAGAAACGCUGUGGAGGAGAACCUGGAGCCUGGUGACAGAGUGAAGCAACGUGACCCUUCGUGUGAGGAGGCAGGCAGCGGCUCCAGACUCUCUGGAAAUCAGGGCAGAAAUGAAGGCAGGAUGGAGACCAAGGAGGCUCGGGCCAGCCCUGCUGGCGGGAACAAAGCACACAAGAGCCAACUCACAAAGGUCACAAACAAGCAGCGGAGGGAACAGCAGCGGCUAGAGAGGAAGAAGCGUCAGGAGGAGAGGCACCGCCUCAAAGCCCUGGAGAGCAGAAACAGCAGCAGGGAGGCGAGCAGAAGUGAAGCAGACGAGAGCGCGCAGGUCACCUUGGUGAAGACCUUCGCUGCUCUGAACAUCUGACUCUCGGCCCUGAGAGGUGAAGGGUGUACAUUGCAGACAAGGCUUCCCAGCCACGUGUCCUCUGAGGAUGAGACAACUGUAGGCACCCACCCACACACGCGCCCACAGCAGCCAGUGUCCUUCAAGCUGCCUCUUUCUGUCCUGUGUUUUGUUGUGUGACAGUGUGGUGACACCAUUCACCUUCUGGUGGGUCCUGGGGCAGGGAGGCUUUGUUUGCCCUGCGUAUCAGAGUGUGGUGGUUCUAGGCUCUUCCUUUGAUGCGUGGGGUGGGUUCCUUGUAAUAAUUCUUGAAGUCGUUCAGCACAAUCAUUAGAAAUCUUCAGUGACAA